AUGUCUUAUCAACAGCAGCAGUGCAAGCAGCCCUGCCAGCCACCUCCUCUGUGCCCACCACCCAAGUGCCCUGAGCCGUGCCCACCACCCAAGUGCCCUGAGCCGUGCCCACCACCAAAAUUCCCUGAGCCAUGCCCACCUCAGCUGUGCCAGCAGAAAUGCCCUCCUGUGCAACCGCCUCCACCAUGCCAGCAGAAGUGCCCACCCAAGAGCAAGUAA